AUUGCUGUUUUUGUUGUUGUUUUGCGUGUAAAUUUAAGAGAAUUUCUUACAAGAAAUUCUGUAAUCAAUGCACAUUAAAUAAUAAGUAAAUGAGUUAAAUAACAACUAAAUAUCAAGGGUCGGAAAGAAGCCGCCGCCAACGCUCGCGACUUUGAAAUAUUUGUGUAAAAAUCAGUAUUAAAUUGCUCCCACAACACAUACCCAAGCCGAAAAAGUCAACUAAAAAUAAAAUAUUUGAUAACUACUAUCAUAAGCGCUGAAUUAAAUCAAAUAAAAGGGAAUUAAAGCGAAAGAGCUAGCCAAGAACUAUAGAGAAUCAAAGGUUAACAAUGACCGUUAAGCUAUCCUCCAGAGAAUUGUCAAUUUGCCACUUACUCUUAUCGUAUUGAUAGAUUGACAAAAUGAAAGAAAAGAGCUGGCGGCAUAAGCGUAAAUAAUUAUUAUUUGCCUUUUGAUAAGCCACAAAAAUAAAUAAAUUGAAAUAAGCCAAGACGAAACAGCAGUAGUAAGAGGGAACGACCGCAACGCACCGCAAUUAAACGAUAAAAUAAAGCAACAAAUAUCAAAAAAUAACAACAAAAACAAAAAAGAAACUAUAAAUAAACAUGCUAGGACGCACACAAAAGCUUUUAUUGGGCAUUGCAAUCUUAAUACUAGUCGAUGUCGUCUGGGUCUCAUCUAGUGAGCUAACCAAGUUUCUCUACAAUGAGGCCAAAUUUGAUAAACCCUUCUUCUGCACAUACUUCAAAACUUCAAUGUUUAGCAUCUAUUUGCUCAUCAUUGGCAUUGUGGCACCCUGGAAAGAGUCCUGCGAUCGACAGAAUGGCAAUUAUGCGAUGAUGGAACAGAAUGUUGAUGAUGAGAACUAUUACUCCAAUCAGGCAGCUUUGGGCGAUCCCACCUAUGUGCCCAUACGUUCAGCUGCUAGGCUACAUCAAAUGCCGCCAUCUAAUACCCUAUCCGGGACAGAGAGUGAUGAUUCGAGUGUGCGGAGUGUACGUUUUAGCAAAUUGGCCGAGGUCAGAGAGAUGUCCGCCCAUGAAGCGACCGAUGCUCUAAUGGCCAGGCUUUCGUAUGCAGCCAGUUUGCGUAUAAAACGACAAAAGACACAUCAUAAAACGGCCAAGACAGCAUUACUCUUUUGCUUGCUGUGGUUUGUGGCCAAUUAUUUCUUUCAAUUGGCCUUGGGAAUGGAUGAGACGGCAAUGAUAACUUUAAUCAGCUCUAGCUCAUCGUUUUUCGUAAUAUUUCUGGCCGCAGUAUUUCCAUCAGCAUCGGGGGAUAAACUAACCAUAAGCAAAAUGAUUGCUGUUGGUCUCAAUAUUGGUGGCAUUAUAGCCGUCACCAUGAAUGAUCUGCAUGACACGAAAAUGUCCAGAGGCGUGAUAUUGGCCUUGUUUAGUGCAUUUUUUUAUGCCUCGUAUUUGGUAUUUGUGAAAAGGAAAAGCGAUACAGAGGAAAAGGUGGAUAUACCUUUAUUCUUUGGAUUUGUGGGCCUUUGGAAUCUCUUGUUGUUGUGGCCAAUUUUCUUUAUCUUGCAUUUUACCAAAAUUGAAAUCUUUGAACUGCCCAGUCAGGGACAAUUUGCUGUAUUAUUUCUUAAUGGCUUUGUUGGCACCGUUUUGGCCGAGGCCUUGUGGUUAUGGGGUUGUUUCUUAACCUCAUCUCUCAUUGGCACGUUGGCCAUGUCGUUGCAAAUUCCAUUGGCCAUAGUAUUUGAUGUAUUGCUGAAACAUAAACCAUAUUCGCCCAUGUUCUAUAUGGGCUCUAUUCCCAUAUUUAUAGCUCUGAUACUAGUAGCUCUACUAGCUCGCAAUGAUGAUUCAGAUCCACUGAUGAAACUUUUGAAAAUUCUAUAUAGAAAAGUUGUAUGUGGCUGUCAAAAGGCCAACAUAGUGAGAGUGAACGACGACGAGCAACAGGAAUCCCUUAUAAGCAACAGUGUUGAUUGAAGGAUUUUAUUAUUAUUUCAUAACAUUGCUCAUUGCAACAAAAAAAAAACAAAAAGAUUAAGAAAACAAAACUUGGCUGUUCACGACUUCGUUUCGAAUCGUUCUUUGAUCUUUACUUCAUAUAGGGACAACAUAAUUUACUAUACUGCACAAUUUAUUUAUCGUUUAGUUAUUGAUUAUCUCUGCUCUUAUGUUUUAUUUAUUUAGUUAUAUAAAAAAAAAGAAGAAGAAAAACUUAGAUCUAUAUAUGUAUAUUCCUAAUUUUUGUAAAUAGCUUUAGCUUUUAAUGCUUAUUCUAUGUGAUAGUCUUAGUUCUUAACCGCAAAAAAAAAAAAACAUUAAUAUAUUCAUAUUUAUUGUGCUUUAGCCUGUAUAUGUAUCUUGUUGAUUCUACUGCAACCUCAAUUACAAAAUAUUUAAACAUUCAUUUUGUCGAACAAUAAGAUAUGCCUAUUAAACGAAUAUAUACAUAUAUAUA